AAUCUGAUCUGAGUUACUAGAAAAGUUUUCUUUUAACGCCCAAUCGUUGAAAUUCCAGGUUUCCUGUCGCUUUCGGCGUUCCUACCUUUUUGAUGAAGCAUUAAUAACUCAACUCCUCCUUCACGACACACACCCACAAUCAGUUUUUCAUAUCUCCUCAUUUCUUGUUUAUAAAUUCCCGGGCCUCCAUCACGCUGUUUUACCCCAGCUUCAUUUUGCGUCUCAAUAUCUCUUCGAUCGGCCUCCCCGUUUCUGCCUCUUUCAAGAAUCUGACAAUUGUAGAAUCAAAAUGGAGAAUGAAGAUUGCUACGAGAAAGUCACAGAACCAAGAUAUGAAUGUCUUCUCUUUGAUGUCGAUGAUACCAUCUACCCCCUGAGUUCCGGUAUAUCAGCACAAUGCACCAAAAACAUCAUAGAGUAUAUGAUCAACAAGCUCAGCAUCGAGGAGGAGAAAGUUCCAGAAAUGUGUGCUCAACUGUAUAAGGAGUACGGCACGACUAUGGCUGGUCUCCGGGCUAUCGGCUAUGACUUUGACUAUGACGAUUACCAUAGCUUUGUGCAUGGUAGAUUACCUUAUGAGUGGUUGAAGCCUGACCACACUUUAAGAAGCCUUCUACACAGCUUGCCUAUCCGGAAAGUUAUCUUCUCGAAUGGAAACGAGGCGCAUGUGGCUAAAGUUCUUAGUAGACUUGGAUUAGAGGACUGCUUUGACUACAUUAUUUGUUUUGAGACGUUGAAUCCUACUCACGAGGACAAAGAAGCUGACAAUGAUACCAAUGAAAUCCCAAAGACUCCCAUUGUUUGCAAGCCAUUUGAAAAUGCAUUCGAACAAACUUUCAAAAUCGCUGGGAUUAACCCUCAGAAAACGCUAUUCUUUGAUGACUCGAUCCGCAAUCUACAAACUGCAAAGCGUAUGGGCGUACGAACUGUUUGGAUUGGCUCAUCACAUAGAACAGAAGGUGUGGAUUAUGCACUGGAGAGCAUUCACAAUAUGCGGGAAGCGUUGCCGGAGCUGUGGGACGCCGAAGAGAGGUCAGAUGUUGGCUAUUCUGAGAAGCCGGCUAUUGAGACCUAUGUCAGAGCUUAGAGCAACAGAUGAUUUUCUUGUUAUCGUUGUUUUUAUCGUUUCUUUUGAUUCGCAGUUUAGUUUCUUACUUUGUUAGGGUAAAAUUAGGAUUAGAUGCACGGACUUUCCUGUAAAGACACGGAUAGACAAAAAAACCUCAAAUAAAGAAAAGGGCAACGCAACUCCUUGAACUUUUAAAAAAUGAGCAAUUCGACCGUUUGAUGCGGGAGUCAGUGAGAUGGUCUUUCAAAAGUUUAGGGGUCGUGAAGUUGUUUUUUGUUUAGGGAGAAAUUUUGUCAAUUAAUGUUUUAUGGGGGUAGAAAUGCAAUUAACCUGGUAAAAUUAUGUAGCUGUGAUAUUGGCAUCUCAAAGCGUAUGUAUGGUUCUAUACUAGUAUGUAGUGGAUGCGUAUCUCCACAUGUGAUUUGUGAUAAAAAUGUUGUUUUCCUGCUC